UUAGACAAAAAUAGUACAUUACAAUACAAGUGCGGGAAAGUAGAUUCUUGUCUCGUGUGGCGUUUACGCCGGAGUGAAGUGACGAGAAAUUCUUUCCCGAACAUGUGCCGUACCGUAUUUUUGGAUACGACGUAUGGAAAGUGAGACUUUCAACGCACGUUUUUUGCCGAGCGUGCGGGAAAAACGUAUUUUCCGCGCGGAGUGUCGAAAAAUAGUAUAAAGCAUGGUUAGAAAAUUAACAAGUGCAUAGCACACAUUUAACAAUUCUUAUAUUUUAUGGACCUAUCAAUACUUUUCUGGCCUAGGUUAUACCAUUUCGCGAAGCGGAAUUUUAAUCAUAAAACCAGACCUACGUAAAAUAAAUACGGAAAAAUAUAUCAUGAGUUUGAUAAGUGUAUGAACAAACUUUUCCAAUGAAAUGCUAAUUAAUUUUCGUCGACUGUUCAAAUUCAGAUUUAAAAAGAAUAAAGACUAAUAAUGGCUGGUAAUUUCUGGCAAAGUUCACAUCAUCAACAAUGGCUGUUAGAUAAGCAAGAUUUAACUAGAGAACGACAACAUGAUUUGUCUAUUUUAUCUGAAGACGAGUAUCAAAAAUUGUUUAUAUUCUUUGCUAACUUGAUUCAAGUUCUUGGUGAACACCUGAAGUUGCGACAACAAGUAAUUGCAACAGCUACAGUUUACUUCAAAAGAUUUUAUGCUCGUAACAGCUUGAAAUGCAUUGAUCCAUUGCUAUUGGCUCCAACCUCUGUUUUCUUAGCCUCAAAAGUUGAAGAAUUUGGUGUCAUUUCUAAUUCUAGAUUACUGACAAUAUGUCAAACAGUUAUUAAAAGCAAGUUUGGCUAUGCUUAUGCCCAAGAAUUUCCAUAUAGAACAAACCAUAUUUUGGAGUGUGAAUUUUAUUUAUUAGAACAUCUUGAUUGUUGUCUUAUCGUUUAUCAACCAUAUCGCCCACUACUUACAUUAAUCCAAGAUGUUGGUCCUGACGAUCAGUUACUUACUUUGGCAUGGCGUAUAAUUAAUGAUAGUCUAAGAACUGAUGUUUGUUUACUUUAUCCUCCAUAUCAAAUAGCAAUUGGCUGUCUUCAAAUAGCUUGUGUGAUAUUACAAAAAGAUCUCAAAUCAUGGUUUGCUGAACUAAAUGCUGAUAUGGACAAAAUUCAAGAAAUCGCUAGGUAUAUAAUCAAUUUGUAUGAACUUUGGAAAAUUUAUGAUGAAAAGAAAGAGAUUCAAGCUCUGUUAAACAAAAUGCCAAAACCUAAAGCUGCCCCUCAACGCUAAGACCAUUUCAGAUAUAUUUAGAAAUUUUAAGGCAUUCAGUGAAUGUUUUAAGUAUUGAAAUAUAAGCUUUCAAUUAGCCAAUUGCAUAUGACGUGAUUAAAGUACAAUUUUAUAUGAAAAUAAAUUAUUAUUU